AGGAGGCAGAGAUUGUGUGAAAGGCAAACAAGAGGCUUGUCUGGGUGUGGACGUAAAAGAGGGCUGGGUAUAAGUGGGUGUAGGAGUUGUUUCUUAUGUUUGUGCAUUUAGACUCGCAGCCUGGAAUUAGGAUCAUUGACAGCAGGAGGAAAAGGACGUGGAAGAGACAAGCAGCCGUCUAACAGAAAGUCAUCAUGCUGGUUCUCAUCGCUCUCUCGAUUCUUCACAUCGCAGCCAUCAUCCUGCUGCUGGCGGCCACCAUUGACAAUGCCUGGUGGGUAACUUCUACCACGAGCACCGAUGUGUGGGGGCGCUGGGUGUUGACAAACAACAAGUGGAACAUGACCGACCUCCCAAACAACUAUCCAACAGACUACCUCCAGGCAGUGCAGGCCACCACCGUGCUCGCCUGCAUUUUCUCCAUCAUCGGCCUGUUCGUGUUUAUCGCUCAGCUCUUCACCCUCCCUAAGGGAAGGAGGUUCACCAUCUCCGGCGUCUUUCAAGCCCUCGCCUGCCUGUUCAUCAUGAUCGCAGCGUCCAUCUACACAGACCGUUUCCACACCAACGAGAAGAGCAUUGGUAACUACGGCCACAGCUUCAUCCUGGCGUGGAUCGCCUUYGGUUUGACGUUCAUCUCCUCCAUCGUUUACUUUGUGCUACGCAAGAAGUAGCGUGGAACAAGUUGGACACUAGAUCAUACUCCACGUUUGUUUUGUUUUUUMUUUUUUUUUGGAACAGAUCUACUCUUUCAGCUACAAUCCUGUUUUUUUUUGUUCCUUCAUUAAAUUUAAGCUGCUAGUGUGAACACAAUAGACCUGUGGAUAUUUUCACAUACACUUAACGUUUGACCGAGUCUGCCUUCAGACGGUUCCUUCGACUAACGAAGCAGGAGUCGAACUCRGUCGUAUCUAAGUGUGUUCUCAGCCCAGAGUCGGGCUGGUUUUCUUCAGGGCAUCUAAGGAUAUCGUUUUUUGUUUUGUUUAAGCUGAACAGAGAAAAUGCUUCAGGUUUACGAUAAAUUCGAACUUAAUGAUUAGUUUUUCCAUCACUAUUUUCAAAGAGAUCAUUAAGCGUUCRACUGGCGGCAGUAUAAUGACGAUCAAUAAAUAUUCAAGUGUGGUUUUUUUUAUGUACUUUUACAUUUAUGAAUAUGUAUGUUACAGUAGAUUUAAAAAAGGGUAUUUUGUUAUUUGAUGUUUUGCAUUAUUUUAUUGUUAGUUUAUCAAUUUAUUUCUAUCUUCUCUAAUAAAAAUACGCUCUCUUUAUAAUGCUGAACUAAUAUGAUGGAAAUGCCUUCGAUUAAAUAAUUCUCCUCUAAAAACAUUAUAGAUGUUGGAAUAAGAUAUUUGUAAUUAGGAGAGACUAAAUACUCUGGAGUAUGUCAAUUUUAGAAAAAUCCAAACUUUGUGCGGAAAUGUUAAAAUCUUUCCACURGCCGCGUUCCCACAAAGGCAACUGUUUGAGUAAUGAAGCGCGAGACAUGAUGUGUAAAUAGGAUUUCUUUCCAACAAAGCUCCGUGUGUCUGAUGUUUAUUUUUGCUACAUGAAUGAUCAUUACAGUGACUUUUGAAAUAAUAAAACUUUUCAUUUUCA